UUUUUUUUGUUUGACAUACCUGGUAAAAACAAUGUCGCACGAUGGGGUGUUGUAGCACAAACGUUCGAGUCAGGAAUUGGUUUCUGGUCGGGAUCAGCACAGUUUACCUAAUAGCAUUUGUCUCACUUUUUGUUCAAAUUCCAGGUUUGUAUGGAGACAGAGGUAUUUUACCAGCUCACUUGGCUCUGCAAAAGAACUUGAAGACCCUCGAGGAAAUCACAUCUACCCAGCCAUCACUGCUCCACAUUUUGCCCAAACUGGGGAUAAAUGGAGUCGAAUUAGGGUUCAACAUCAUCUGUUUAUUUGGAAUCAUUCUCUCAUUUUUAGCAUUUACAAGUGAAUGCUGUAGAAACUCAUUGGUUUUUGGUACUCUCUGGAUAUGCUACCAAUCCCUUUUUCAAGUUGGACAAACAUUCCUCUGGUUUCAAUGGGAUACAUUAUUAUUGGAGUUGGGCUUCCUGACAAUCUUCGUAGCCCCACUCAAAUUGCUCUUCAUUGACUUGCACGCCUUCUCGAAACAAAUUGGUACAAUCUCGUUUUGGCUCGUGAGGUGGUUGACAUUCAGAUUGAUGUUCUCAUCGGGUGUGGUCAAGUUGAAUAGCCAGUGUCCAACAUGGUGGGGUCUGACAGCUAUGACCUAUCAUUAUGAAUCACAGUGCAUCCCUACUCCACUGGCUUGGUACGCCCAUCAGUUUCCUGUUUGGUUUCAGAAGGCCUCCACAGCCUCCGUGUUCAUCAUCCAGAUCGUCACCUCCAUCUUGUUUUUCUCUCCAUUCAGAGCUCACAGGAACGCUUCGUUCUAUUUGCAGAGCUUCCUCAUGUUCGUUAUCAUCCUAACUGGCAACUACAACUUCUUUAACUGGGUCAGCAUCGUCAUGUGUCUGUCGCUCGUCGACGACCGUUUCCUCGCCUGCUGGUUCGGGCCAAAUGGGUGCAAGACCCGAACUCUGUUACCAAAGAUAUUAAAUAUACUGAUGAGGAUCUCCACGAUUGUCGUGCACGUCUGCGUCGUUGGGGCCGUGGUUUAUAUAGCACAUCACUAUUUCGGCUUCAGUUUGGAAUCCUAUCAAACCUUCCUACACCGAUACGUUCCUGUGACCAUCUGGGUAGCUGCUCUUUCACUCUUCUUCACUAUUUUAAAGGCUCUUGGCAGGUCAUUGAUGAUGAUGAAGGGUCUUUUGAAUAAGUUAUUCAACAUCAUGUUCGUCCUGAUGGUCAGUGUGUUUGCCGUCGUUACAUUCUCCACUAGCCUGGUUCCGUACACUGAUAUUGAUAGAGGGACCCAAGAGAAGUUGCCCCGCAAGUUUAUUGACUUGUACCAAUCGACCAAUAAAAUUCAUACCAUUAAUGCUUACGGGCUCUUCAGAAGCAUGACCGGUGUUGGAGGUCGUCUAGAGGUCAUAGUUGAAGGUAGUAAUGAUCUUAAGGAUGAUGGCUGGAAGGAGUAUUCAUUUCUUUUCAAGCCCGGAUAUCUGGAUAGGAUGCUGCCUGUUGUUGCCCCCCACCAGCCACGAUUGGAUUGGCAAAUGUGGUUUGCUGCCCUCGGGAGUUUCCAGUACAACCCCUGGUUCUACCAUACCAUGUACAGGCUAUUAAAUAAUCAAAAGGAAGUACUCGAUCUUAUCGACCACAAUCCAUUCGCAAGUGAACCACCGAAGUAUAUAAGGGCCCAACUAUACAAAUAUCAUUAUACUUCUUGGAACGCCAGUACCAAGAAUUGGUGGUAUAGAGAGCACGUCAGAGAGUACAUGCCGGCCAUGUCAUUGGCCACUGAACAACUCAUCACCUACGUUAAACAACAGGGGCUUGAUAAGAGUGAUAGCAAUUCUCACGGAAACAGCAUAUGCGUCCAUCUCUUCAAAUGCCUCCACGCCAUAACUCCGCCAAGAUACGGCUUCCACGUCUGUCUUGCAUUCCUAUUGGCUGGGAUUCUCUCCCUGCUCUGGGAUAGGUCAAAGGCUGGCCGAGAUAUCGACCAAUCGCUGACGAGUUUGAACAAGAAGCCUAAGAAAUCGUAAAAUAUCACGAGCUGCUCAAAUGGACCCUUUUUUUCUAGAUCAAAGGAGCUAUGAUCGAAUUAGUGUAAGGAUCUAAGUUUCGUCAUAACUUUGUACUGUGAAUGCAUGAAAGUAUGAGAAGCUUAACGGUGGAUUGUAUUGUUGAAGAUUACCCGAUCAGUUUUUGACAUUAUGACGUUUGUUAAAAUCUAAAAAUAUAACUCGAUGAACUAUUAUAAACUCAAUCUUCCCAUCAA